UGGAAAAAGCUGAACCCUCCAAAAAGAGGGGAGAGAGAAGGACGAAGUGAAAUGGCGGCCUCUUGUUCAAUGAACAACUUGAUGUUCAGUCCAAACAACCCAACUCUCUCAUGGAAUUUUUCUCUCCCAACCACCUCAAUUCCUCCAUUUCGCAAAACUAACAAACGCUUUGCCGUUUUGGCAACCUUUAUGUCCACAAAACCCACAGUCCUUGUCACCGAAAAACUCGGAGAACCCGGACUUGAACUCUUGAAAAACUUCGCCAACGUUGAUUGCUCUUACAACUUAUCUCCCGAAGAGCUGUGCACAAAAAUUUCUCUUUGUGACGCGUUGAUUGUUAGGAGUGGUACUAAGGUUUCUCGUGAAGUUUUUGAAUCGUCGGGUGGUCGGCUUAAGGUUAUUGGUCGCGCGGGUGUGGGGAUUGAUAAUGUUGACUUGUCGGCUGCCACUGAACAUGGAUGUCUUGUCGUUAAUGCGCCUACCGCUAAUACAAUUGCAGCCGCCGAACAUGGGAUUGCGUUGCUCACGGCUAUGGCUAGGAGUAUUGCGCAAGCUGAUGCUUCUGUCAAAGCGGGGCAGUGGCAGAGGAGUAAAUAUGUUGGUGUUUCACUGGUGGGAAAAACACUUGCUGUGAUGGGAUUUGGAAAAGUUGGGUCAGAAGUAGCACGACGGGCUAAGGGCCUUGGGAUGCAAGUGAUUUCUCAUGAUCCAUAUGCUCCAGCAGACCGUGCCCGUGCAAUUGGUGUGGAGUUAGUAAGCUUUGAUGAAGCCAUAUCAACUGCGGAUUUUAUCUCAUUGCACAUGCCUCUCACCGCUGCUACUUUGAGAAUGUUUAAUGAUGAGGCUUUCUCUAAGAUGAAGAAAGGAGUUCGAAUUGUCAAUGUUGCCCGUGGUGGUGUUAUUGAUGAGGAAGCCCUAAUAAGAGCCUUGGAUUCUGGGAUUGUUGCACAGGCUGCCCUUGACGUGUUCACAGAAGAACCCCCAGCGAAAGACAGUAAGUUGGUGCUACAUGAACAAGUUACUGCAACUCCUCAUCUUGGUGCUAGCACGAUGGAGGCUCAGGAAGGUGUAGCUAUUGAAAUAGCUGAAGCUGUUGUAGGAGCCUUGAAAGGGGAGCUUGCUGCUACUGCCGUGAAUGCACCCAUGGUUCCUGCAGAGGUUUUAUCAGAGCUUGCUCCAUUUGUUGCACUGGCUGAGAAGCUCGGCAGACUGGCUGUGCAACUGGUGGCUGGUGGAAGUGGUGUGAAAACAGUGAAGGUGACUUAUGCUUCUGCCAGAAGUCCAGAUGAUCUUGACACCCGGCUUCUUCAAGCAAUGAUUAUUAAAGGCAUCAUUGAACCCAUUUCCAGUGUUUUUGUGAACUUAGUGAAUGCUGAUUUCACUGCUAAACAGAGAGGGCUGAGGAUUACAGAAGAGCGUAUUGUGUUAGAUGGUUCACCUGAGAAUCCACUGGAGUCUAUCCAGGUUCAAAUUGCUAACGUAGAAUCUAAAUUUGCAAGUGCAAUUUCAGACUUUGGCGAGAUUACAGUUGAGGGAAGAGUUAAGGAUGGAAAACCUCAUCUUACCAAGGUAGGUUCUUUUGGAGUUGAUGUGAGCCUAGAAGGCAGCCUCAUACUGUGCAGGCAGAUUGAUCAACCAGGUAUCAUUGGAAAGGUGGGGAGUCUCCUGGGUGAGGAGAAUAUUAAUGUAAAUUUCAUGAGUGUUGGAAGGAAUGCUCCCCGAAAACAAGCAGUAAUGACCAUUGGAGUGGACGAGGAACCCAGCAGGGAAGCACUAAAAAGAAUUGGAGAGACACCCGCCAUUGAAGAGUUUGUUUUCCUCAAGUUGUAGUGCAGUCAAUGGCAUCAUGCGUCGACCCUAUUAUGUCCAAUUUUGUCCACAGUUAUGAUAGGUACUAUUCUUUGAUAGUGAUUCUGCUCUAGGUUAUCUUGGUAAUAUUUUAUUAUCAGCGGAUUGUCUGUAUCUCUGCCAUUGAGUUCAUUUUCU